AUGCCGGGCAUCAAUGAUGCGGAGACCAUCCGGAUUCUCGUGGCAACGGACAACCAUGUGGGAUAUAACGAGCGAGACCCUAUCCGUGGGGACGACAGCUGGAAGAGCUUUCAUGAGAUCAUGUGUUUGGCCAAAGAACGUGAUGUCGACAUGAUUUUGCUAGCGGGAGAUCUAUUCCAUGAGAACAAGCCCUCGCGUAAAUCUAUGUACCAAGUCAUGCGUUCGAUCCGGAUGAACUGCUUUGGCGACAAGCCCUGCGAGCUGGAGAUGCUCAGUGAUGCGAGCGAGAGCUUCCAGGGCGCAUUCAACCAUGUCAACUACGAGGACAUGGAUAUGAAUAUUGCCAUUCCAAUCUUCUCCAUUCACGGGAAUCACGACGAUCCCUCCGGGGAGGGCCACCUGGCCGCCCUGGAUCUGCUCCAAGUGUCAGGGCUUCUCAACUACUACGGACGAACUCCUGAGUCGGACAAAAUUGAAAUCAAGCCAGUCUUGCUCCAAAAAGGACGAACAAAGCUCGCUUUGUACGGCAUGAGCAACGUUAGAGAUGAGCGACUGUUCCGCACUUUCCGCGACGGUAAAGUGAAGUUCUUCCAGCCCUCUGUGCAGAAGGAUGACUGGUUCAAUCUGAUGUCGGUGCAUCAGAAUCAUCACGCUUACACGGAGACCGGCUACUUGCCCGAGAACUUCCUGCCCAGCUUUAUGGACCUGGUUAUUUGGGGGCAUGAGCACGAGUGUUUGAUUGAUCCUCAUCUCAACCCAGAGACAAAGUUCCACGUCAUGCAGCCAGGAUCAUCUGUUGCAACAUCGCUAGUCCCGGGAGAAGCGGUGGCGAAACACGUCUCGAUUGUCAGCGUCACAGGCCGCGAUUUUAAGUCCGAAUCUAUUCGUUUGAAAACAGUCCGGCCUUUUGUGAUGCGAGAAAUUGUAUUGUCUGAGGAAAAGGGGGCUCAAAAGCUGAGCCGGAAAGACAACAAUCGUACCGAGGUGACUCGGUUCCUCAUGUCCAUUGUCGAGGAGCUGAUUGAAGAAGCUAAUGCCCAGUGGCGGGAGAUGCAUGGUGAACCUGAUGAAGGGGAUGGGGAAUCGCAAGAGACUCCCCUGCCACUUGUGCGCCUUCGCGUCGAGACAUCCACGCCAGAGGGUGGGGUCUAUGAAUGCGAGAAUCCGCAGCGGUUCUCGAACCGUUUUGUGGGCAAAGUCGCGAAUGUCAAUGAUGUGGUACAGUUUCAUCGAAAGAAAAAGACCGCUACAUCGAGAAAGACGGACGCUCAUAUCAAUGAGGCAGCUACCUCAAAGUUGUCAGCUCUGGAUACAGUGAAAGUCGAGCAGUUGGUGAAAGAAUUCCUCGCUUCACAAUCGCUGAGUAUUCUCCCCCAAAACUCGUUCAGCGAUGCGGUGGCUCAGUUUAUCGAUAAAGAUGACAAACAUGCCAUGGAAAUGUUUGUCAAUGAAUCCCUGGAGGGACAGGUGAAGCAUUUGAUGUCCUUGGACCGUGACGCAGAUGAUGUGGAUGACGAGGAAAGGGCCCACAGCUCCUUGGUGACAGCCAUGGAGAAAUAUCGCACACAGAUGGAAACGAUGUUCUCCAAAGGGACUAGGAAACGUACCACUGGCGGAAAAAAGCGGUUCAAGCCCAAGCCGGACAACUGGGACUCUGAGUUUGACGGUUCGUGGGAAGAUCAGCCGGGCGCUCUUAUUCAUUCCGAUAACGAAGGUGGAGAUCCAGCUGAAGAAGAGGCUGGCGAGGAUGGCAGUACGCCAGCCCGCAGCCGUGCGACAACAACCACGACGCGUGGCCGCGGCAGAGGCCGAGGAGCUGCGCGAGGAGCGGCAACCAGUUCCCGGGUCACGUCAACCAGGGGUACCACUGCCAAAGGACGCAAGAAAAAAACCAUUUCCGAUGCAUCGGCGUCUGAUAACGACGUGAUCAUGCUCGAUGAUGCUGCAGACGAUAGCGAAGCAGCCCACGUCAUAUCCGAUGAGGACGACGACGACGACUCCCAGGCAUUAUUUGUGAAGCAACCCCGUGCAACGGCUACCUCGAGGCGGGGAGCCAAGACAGUAUCCACCACUCCUGCUUCCGGACGUCGAGGCGGCCACAAGGCUGCUUCUCCAGCACCCUCGUCGGCCACUGUUGGUGGGACCGCGCCUCGUCGAGCGGCUGCGCGAUCUGCCAAGCCGACUCAAUCAACAUUGAACUUUAGUUCGCAGGCCAGUGCUCCUCGAUCAUCACGGCCAACUCGCACCACUCACAACCUCAGUGUCAUCAGCGACGACAAUGACGACGAUGACGACGAUGCCUUUGAACCCAUGCAGAGCUCGAGCUCAAGGCGGCGACGGUAA